AUGCUUGCCCAACAACAGAUCCAUCCCUUCCAUCGCGUCCCAAACUUUGAAGGCAUUCCCAUCCCGACUGCUCCUUUACCUCAACAAAAUCCCGGCGCUUCGCGCAAACGGCCUCCUUCUCCCGCGACUGGUUCGUCGGUCAUGAUGGCAGCUCCAGUGAAUCCUGCGGGUAGCGCGAUCGAUGACUCUGGCGCCAUUCCUGCGGUUGAGUCUACACCGAAGAAAAAGGGACGGACGAAUACCCCAUGGACGGCAGAGGAGGAGCAAAGGCUUAAGACAAUGCGCGACGCCGGGCGCAGCUGGAGUGAGAUUGCCAAGACUUUCCCGACACGAACCGAGGGCAGUGUCAAGAAACACUGGUACAAGGACAUGCACUACGCGGAGUUUGCCGAAGAUGAGUCUGUGAAGCUUCGCGAGGCAAUCAAGGAGUACGAGGCGAAUAAGUGGAAAGUGAUCGGUCAGAAAGUUGGCAAGCCUGCCAAAGCCUGCGAGCAAUAUGCCAAAGAGCAUUUCAAGAACGUCUGA